CUUACUUUCAUCUUUUAUUCGAGAAUUGACAGCUUGAUACUGUAUGAAUCCCAAAGCUUAGAACCACUUUUUCAACAUACUCGGAACUUUGGUUGACAAUCCUUCCACACCGCCCACCGCUGAAAUACAAAACUCUCUUCUCGGCCCUCGGUCCAAUGUUGUUAUGCCCUCUGAAAGCAUAGGAGGUCCCAAAGAACCGGUCAUUCAUCGUUCUUGAAGAUCUUUUCUCUUCUGGUCUUGGACUUGUACACGGAGGUAGCUCCCCUCGGCACAAAAUGCAUCUUUACCACAGAAUAGUCUUGCCCUUUAUGCAUUUUGAUAACCUCGUUCCCUCUCAUCUUGUAUCCUUCACCAGUUUACCCCGUUUAAGCUCUGAAGAUCCUAGAGACGGUGAAACAGGGCAGUGAUUAACUUCCGGACAUGCCUGGUUGAAGGAUCUCUGUCCCGGCAGCUCCUUCGAUUACCAUGGAGCUUCUUAGCGAGCGUGGGGGAAAGUAACUUUGAUAAGCUAUGAAGGAUUUUAUUAUAGAUAAUAGUUCAAUUCUUCAUAUAGCCGGUGUCCAGCAAUUUCAUAAAACGUUCAUGUGCUUGCCGUGACCAUCACAGACAUUGACAGUAUCAACACUUGCUCAUGAUGGUGGAAACCAACCAGCCUGAGGCGAUUGCCAUCAUAUCUGUUUUUUGUGCGGUUAGCACUUUCUUUAUGGCGUUGAGAGUUUGGUCCAGAAUCAUUGCUUGGAAAGAGGAUAGGAGCUGGGACGCUUUGCUCGUUUGGAGCGAUGUUCUUCUUAUGAUUGCAUACGUACUGGCAGCUGCAGAGGUUUAUGUUGUCAUCACUUACACUCUCAUCACUUGGCAAGGAUAUCAUAAAGUGGACAUUCCAAAACUCAGCGUCGAACAGAGAGUCCGCGGUCAGAAAUACAACCUCGCCAACCAGCUACUUUACAACCCAAUCCUAUCCCUAGUCAAGGCAUCCGUCAUGUUCUUCCUCCUACGAAUUGGAAACACAAAGAAGUUCGUCAAGUAUGCUCUGUAUUUUGCCCAAGCUCUGAAUCUAGCUCUCGCCAUAGCCAUCUUCUUCGCAGACGCAUUCCAGUGCACACCAGCUCAUUAUAUGUACGACAAGAUCAAAAUGGAUGCUGAGGCUCGGAAAGCUGCUGGAGCCGAUGCUAAGGGCCAAGUUGACGGGGUAACCAUCUACGGUGGAACUUGUAUCAAUCAGAUACGAUUCUUUCUCGUUUCUGCAGGACUGGCAAUCGUGACUGAUGUCAUCACGCUAAUCAUUCCUACGAUAAUCGUCUGGGAUCUACAGAUGCCGAUGAGAAAGAAGAUUAUUGCAAGCGGCAUGUUAAGUGUGGGAGUACUCGUUACCGGAACCUCAGUGGCUCGUCUUGUCAUAUACCACUGGCGUUUCAAUCCAAAAAAUAAAGACGCCAGCUAUCAGAUCGGCUACACUAUAUCUUCAGCAGAAGCCAAUCUAGCCAUCGCCUGUGGGGCAAUACCUUCUCUGGGGCCCUUAAUGCGACGAAUCGCUCCAACGGUUUUCGGUUCCACAAACGCUUCACAGUCACGACCAACUCCGUCGGGGUAUUUGCAACAGUCGAAGACCAGCACAAGGGAGCAGUACAAAUUGAAGUCAUAUAAUUCGAAUAACACGAACUGGCCAUCUUCAAAACAUAAAACAGAGGCAUGGUCGAGUGAUGAGAACAUUUUGGUUUCGAACUCUAAUAACGGCAUCACGAAACAUGUCCAUGUAGACGUGGCGUAUAGCGAGGCAGCGUCGGUAGAGGACAGGGUUGAGAAGAGACAGGACAUUUGAACUUUCGAAGACGAUGGAACUGAAACGGGAAUAUGAAAGCGCUACACUCAUACAGG